AUGGAGAUCCUGGGUUGCUCAGGCGUCAGAAUCCUCCUCUCAGCCUUGCUGAUGAGAUCCAAAGGAAUUCGAAGCAUGACGUUUGGCACCGGCUGGGCUGCGGGAGCUGCCGAAACGGUGUUUGCAAGGCUUCGGGGCACCACUCCUGAUUCGGAAGGGGGCGUGUAUGUGGAUACGGAUGCUCUCAGAUCUACACAACGUCGUGUGGAUUUUGGGGGGCGAGUCGCUGUACCAGAUAUAGCCAUUUGCUUUGGCUAUACUAAUUGGUGUCCUAACGGAGGGGAUUGCACAAGUCCUAACUACUGCAGCAACUGUAACCGAGGCUUCUACUCUCCACGAUGCGAUCGGUGCACAGCUAUCCCAAAUUGCCUUGAAGUGUUUUGCAGCACGUCUUCUGACCAGAAAUGUGACCGAUGCGAUGGUGACUACGGCUCAGCGCUUGGAUCAGCCUAUAAGAAGAGUGAUGACAUGAGACAGUGCAUAAAGCAAUGUUCAUGGAGGAGUGAUAGCAAUGCCUGCUACCCAGGAAACUGUACAAAUGGCCAGUGCGCAUGCAGCAGUGGCUUCUCAGGAACUGACUGCAGAACAUUGGGCAUUAGUCAAGCACCAGACCUAUCGGAGCACCACGCCACUUUGGUAAUGGGGACAACAACUCUGGAAUCACCCACAGUCCAGGGCAGUACAGACACUGUCUACACCAACGUACGUAACUUCACAAGCAUCACAGCCAACUGGAUAAGUUCUUACCAGCCUGCGGGACUACCAGACUAUAGUGGCGGUGGACAUCCAUACAUUCAAAGCAUUCGGCUUGGUGUUGUAGGUGCUAGAGUGACAGCUGCUGUGAAUCGGAGCCACAGCGUGACAUAUUCAAUAGGCUUGCAGGAUUGUACGACAUCAACGACUGGAACUUCUUUCAAUCAAAGCAGUCCGGCAACAGUCGUGGUGUCCUGUCAAGCGACAUUCAACUUGAACUACAGCACCUGGACACCAGCUACAGGAGAUGUACUAACGUGUGAUGUAUAUUCCACAAGUGGCGGGUACAUGGAACUCUAUGACAGGGACAAUUCAGACACUAUCAUCACACGAAACUACAAUGGCAGGACAACCUCCAACUCUUCAACUUUCACCUUUGACUUUGUUGACCCCUACCACUGUGUAGAUGUUGACAGUGGAUGCAGAACCACCAUGCUUUAUGCAGGGAAUGAUGUUACAUCGCAGGCAGAGAUAAUUGUCACUUGGCAAUACUGGACAGACAGUGUUGCUGGCAUCAAGGAAUACGAGCUGCAAGUACGCCAGCUAUCUGGUAACCAUGGCAACGAAAUGACGGAAGUCUUUGACCGUCCACCCGUUUAUAGUGGAGUGAUCAACUCAGGUCAGAACAUCACUUUGCCUCAUGUUGGUGUAUACUCCAUCGUCCUGAGUGUUGUUGACAAUGCGGGCAAUGUCAGACUCAGCAGACGCUUUUUGUUCUUUGAUGACGAUCCACACGAUGUCACCCUUCAGGAUGAUGUCUCUGUGCGCGUUGUCUCAGCGACUGCAGAAACCAACUACGUGUGGAUAACCAAUCUGGACACCAGCGGAGGGAUGACAUCCGUGCAGCUUAAUUGGACAAAUCGAUUUAUUAAUCUAUAUCAUCUCAACCAAGGAUUGUUAAAGCCAAUUGGUUCAUAUGUUGCUGGUACCGUCGAUUCUGAUUAUGAUCAGAACUUUGGAAAACGUGGCCGUGCAGCCAUCCCUAAUGCCCUCGGUGUGACAGAAUUCCGCGUCGUACACGACAUCGACCACAGCGGUGGCAGAACCACUGUCAACGUGAGUGACGACAACUCAGACCAUUGGAGUAGUGAAGGCACAGACACACAGGCGACCUAUGACCUGACCCUUGUGGAUGGUGAUUCCAUUCGGUUCUGGGUGGAGGCCAGGGAUUUGGCUGGUCACUUUGUGAGGGACAGUGUGUUGGUCCAUGCUGAUUCAUCCCCGCCUGUUAUUGAAAACUUUUGGCUUGUACGGGAUGGGGAGGUGAAUGUAACCGUUCAUAAUUCAGAGGAUCUGGAUAAGAUGAGUGUUGAAUUCAGGACAUAUGACAUUCACAGUGGUAUACGAACCAUCGAGUGGCUUCUCUUUGAUAACCACACUGGCACGGAGAUGGAACAUGGCAGUCAGAAAUUGCCGGCCAGGAAAAUCGAUACGGACAAUGAGGAUUGUGAUCCCGUCAGCUGUAUGUGUGUCCCAAUUGGUGAUUGUUAUGCAGUAGACUAUGGUUUCCACCCAACAAUGCACAUUGGCACCCAUGACUAUGAUUACUACAUCACCCUGACGGUGACCAACCAGGCAAAACUAGUUACUACUCAGACAAUCAAGGUAACGGUGGAUUCCUCUGCUCCUCAAACUGGUGUGGUGCAUGAUGGGAUACCUGGGUCCAGUGAGGUAGACUUUCAGGAGGGCAGUGACCUCUCAGCUCAUUGGGAGGGCUUCUUUGACAAGGAGAGUGGGGUCAAGUUCUAUCAGUAUCUGUUUGAUGACUCCUGCUGGACCGGCAAUACAACAAUCGGCAGUGUCAGCAAUGAUAUGACGAGGACAACCUCCACUCAUGCCAGUUGGACAGCCCCCUCGCCUGGCCAGUACUACAUCACUGUCAUCGCUUAUAACCGUGCCCUGGAACCCUCGAAGGCCGUCUGCUCUGACGGUGUCGUGAUUGAUACCAGCCCUCCAGAGCUGACCCAGAUUGCUAUCAGCUAUGCUCGGAUGUGGCCUGGCCUGGCCAAGGAUGCUGAGGGUCGGGUGUGGUUCAUCAAUGAGCAUCGCAGGAAGGUGGAACUAACAAAUGCGUCCAUUGAAUGCAGUUCCAUGGCUGUUCUGAUAGAUGAUUUGUCAGUUUAUCCUGAGAUAGCUGGCAGCAGUGACUUUUCAGCAAUACUAGAGGGAGACGUACGCUGUCUGUGGAUUUCACCCAUUGAGCAGAAGUUCUUCCUUCCAACGGACAAACACGUGACCAUCUCAUGGACUGGAGAGGAUAUAGAGAGCUCCAUCUAUGACUAUGAGAUAGGUCUGAGCAGUGACCCCUCAAAUCCGAGCCCUGACCUGGUGACCUUCAUGUCAACAUCAUCUCAUGAUCACUUUGUGAUGUACCAUCCACAUAUUAGCCAUGGAGCUGUGUUCUUUCUGGUUCUGAAGGCCAUCAACAAGGCUCAGUUAUCUACAUCAAAGGUUAUUGGUCCAAUAGUAGUGGAUACCACUCCACCCAUGUUUGUUGGGCGUGUCUCUGUCCAUGUGGAGGAUGAAUACUUGAUUGCCGAAUGGGGGGAUGAUGGCUUCAUUGAUGAUGUGGAUACCAGCCUGAGAUACAAAGUUGCUAUUGGUAAUAGCCCAGGUGGCACGGAAACUCUUGAUUUCCAGAAGGAGAAAGCCUACAAAAUCGGUCCGUGUUUGUCCCGAGCAUCAUGUGCUGCAUUCUCAUUGGAUGACCUAGACUGGCAUCUCCAUGGUGAUCAUGAGUACUAUGUGUCAGUCAGAGCACAGAAUGGUGCUGGGUUAGCUACAGUGGGGACCUCAUCUGUUUAUAGACACAUCGUGCAGUUACCAUCUCUGGGUGUCGUUUUGGAUGUUGCACCCCCUUGGGAAGAAGUGCCUGUGGAUUUAGGGAUGGCCAAAGACAUUGAUGUUCAGAAGAGCAACACAAGCAUCUCAGCUCGUUGGUUUGGUUUUGAGCAUCCUCAUCUUGAUAUCAACUAUGAGAUCGCAAUCGGAUCAGAAGGAGAUGCUUCUGAUGUCAGCGAUGGUUUCAUUGAUGUCGGCAAUGCAACCUUCUAUCGACUGGAUGGACUAGAUCUCAUUCCGCUGAUGACUUAUUAUGUGACCAUCCGUGCUAACUCUGAGGCUGGUAGUGUCAAUGUUACUUCAGACGGUGUCAAAGUCAUUCAGGAGGGUCAGGCACUGGAGGGAGCUGUGAUCAAAGAUGGACUGGGCUGCGAUCAAAAUGCAACGACUGUGCCUUCAGGAUUAUCCCACCACUCAUCUGCUGCUCAUCAACCCUGUGAGGAUGACAUCACUUACCAGUCUUCUACCUCAGACAUUUCAGCCCGUUGGACCAUCCCUCAGGUGCUACAACCCUUUGUGACUGAUGUCGUCUGGGCAGUCGAACAAGAAAUUGAAAUAUAUCUUGAUGAUAAGAACACUACGAUGGAGUGGAUCCCAGUGGUUGAUGAUCAAGAUCUUGGCAUGGCAUUCCAACAUGUUGGAGCUGGACUAGGGUUGCAUGGUGGAGGUCAUUACAGAUCAAAGGUUCAGUUUUGCCACGUUAGCGUUUGCUUCCAACCCGUCGUCACUGAUGGAUUCUGGGUAUUAUCCCAACCUCCUGAGGUCGGUCAGGUCACAGUCAGCAACGUUGUUACGCAAGGCGGGACGGAGAUCCGUGUGGUCUUUCAGCCUUUUGCCCACGAUUACGUCCGUCAUGACGACCCGCGGGAACUGAUGGAUUUCUAUGAGUGGAGCAUUGCUGAGGAUGGCAGCGAUGGGGCCUUGCUGAGUCAGUGGACAAGAAUCCAAGAUUUGGUGGUGACUGGGGACGUGGCUCGCUUUACAGCAUCUCACAGUGGAUCCUUAGACCUAGAUGUCUGUCUGCAGUUAUCAGUGAGAGGCUACAAUAAGGCUGGUCUGUCAUCCAUCGCUAGCACUGAGAUUGUGGACUGUGAUAACGUGAAGCUGAUUGUCCCCCAUACUGUCAUCGAUGCUGAUCAUGAAGUCAGCAUGGAGCAGAAUGCAGUGUGGCCGGAACCAGAAAAGAACUACAUCUCGUCUACGUCCUCAUUAUCCGCAGUCUGGCCCACAUUACGUCAUAGAGCCUACGUCUGGGCAGCCAUUGAGGACACCGGAUCAUUUGGAAACUUGGAUGAUGGUCUGCAGUAUCCUUGUGAUCACUUAAAAAGGAUUGCCUGUGGGAAUACAGAUAAAGAGUUUGUCAACGUUCUUGAUUUGGUUCUACAUCAUGGCAAGCGUUAUCGCAUUUGCAUCCAUGCUGAUGAAGUGACAUUAGAGCAUGAGCUUUGGAAUGAACUGUUGCCUGCUGUGUCCAGCUGUAGCGAUGGUGUUGUCAUAGAUACGACCCCACCGACCCCUGGCUCUCUUUGGAUUGGAUGGAACCAGCAUCAAACCUAUCAAAGUUCCAGCUCAGAGUUAGUCCUACAGUGGGAGUCCUUCAUUGACAUUGAGGAACAUGGUUUGGCUAGUCAUCACUCAGGGGUCAAGUACUAUGAAUAUGCCAUUGGUUCGAUGCGAAGUGGCAGUGACGUGAUAGAAUUCACUCGUGUAGGAAUCACUAACAGCGUUAUCGUACACAACUUGAGAUUACAGAAUGGACACACAUACUAUGCCACAGUUAGAGCGACUGACUUUGUUGGUCUGUCAUCACACGCCAUGUCAGACUCAAUUACCAUUGAUAUGUCGCCUCCUGUCAUCAGUGCUGAUCACACACUGGACAUUGGAGGCAGCUUCAUCCGGUCUACAACUUCCAUCUCAGCAAGGUGGAAGAAUGUCUUCUCAGACAAGGAGAGUGGUGUAGCAUAUUAUGAGUGGGCUGUGGGUUCACAUCCAGGUCAUGCAGACAUCAUGCCAUUUACAAGAGAGAAUACAGAGAUAGGGGUCAGUGACCCAUCACGACCUUUGCACCUUCAAGAAGGUCACUCAUAUUUCAUUUCUGUGAAGGCCAUCAAUACUGUGGGCCUGAUCACACUGAAGAGUUACGGAGCAUUCACAGUUGAUGCAAGCCCCCCAUUGGCUGGCCACGUCCUUGAUGGGGACCCAGCGGAAGCCCCGGCCAAUCACACAGACCGAGACUUCCAGAAGGAUCGCACGGUGAUCAAGGCGUUCUGGAAAGGGUUUCAUGACCCGCACAGCGCCAUUGUUGGUUAUUCCUGGAGAGCUGGGAUGUGUUCAGGAUGUAGCGAUGUUGUGACUGAGCAGCAUGUGGGAUUGGACACUGGUGUCCGUGCUGAAAACCUGAACCUGGUGCCCGGUCUGACCUACUACGUGACAGUGACGGCCUGUAACGUGGCUGACCUUUGUACCUCAGUGACCUCUGAUGGGGUCACGGUGGAUGACUCUCCCCCAUUGCAGGGGCGUGUCUAUGAUGGUGGUCCUGGGGGUGGUGAUAUCAGCUACCAAUCGUCAAGGCGUCAAUUGCGAGCUCAUUGGUGGGGCUUCCAUGAUCCUCACUCGGGCCUCUCCCACUACGAAUGGCACGCCGGCACGACUGCAGGAGCUGCAGACAUUCUCCCCUCUACACGCAUUGAGCUGUCAGAAGAUGCUCUGAUAUUCCUACCAGUAUCAGACCAGAUGCCUCUUGGCACUGAUAUCUACAUCACUGUACGCGCCUAUAACCGGCUUGGUAUGUGGAGUCAGGCUACAUCUAAUGGGUUCCGUGUGGACUCUAGUCCUCCUGAUGUAGUGGAUGCACCCGUUGUGGAUGUGACUCAGGGGAUGGCUGUCAGAAACACUCAAGUUCUGCGGGAUCUGAUUCACUUUUCCUGGAAGUUCAGUGACCCUGAAAGUGGUAUUAAAGACCAGUAUUUAUCAGUCAGCACACAUCACAAUGGAGAUGUGAAUAUACCUUCCAUAAAGAUUGCAGGGAGUGAAUUGGACUACACAGUCAACAAUCUGACAUUACAUGAAGGCAGUCGUUACAUCGUUACCGUAGUAGCCUGUAACUUUGCUGGUCUCUGCACACAGGCCAAGACGGAACCCUUUUUGGUUGAUGGCAGCCCAUCUUCCGUCGGGACUUUUGCCGUGAGCACAGAGAGUGCUGCUAAUUUGGAUCGUCAUCAUAUCAUCUGGAUUGAUCCAACUGAACCAGCUGAAACUACUACAACUGAACCAGCUGAAACUACUCCAACUGAAUCAGCUGAAACUACUCCAACUGAACCAAGUACAACUGUGAAUGUUGGUAACGCCACCGACUCAAUCGACUCUACCACGGAGAGUCCAGCGACCACCCCAUCUCCUCCACGCUACCACUCUGGCUGGAUGACGUGGCUUGAAGACCCCCGUACAUCCACUGGUUCCUUAGCCCUUGCCUGGCUGGGAUUUGCUGAUGUACACUCUGGUAUCAGCCACUACUUGGUCUCCGUCGGACGCACGUACAGCGGCUCUGAACUCACUCCGAAUGGACCAGUCCGCAUGAAUCACAGCAAUGACGGCAUGUCAUUGGACGAAGGCAUCGCACAGACAGCCAUCAUACCACUAGAGGGCAGUAUAACAGACCCAACUCAUCCGUAUCUCUACAUCUCCAUCUGGGCUGUUAAUGGGGUUGGGAUACCAAGCAGCCGCCAUCAUUCCACUUUCGAAACCUCUCCUAAUCAACCAUACGAGGGCUCCCUUGUCCUGCUGCGACGUUGCUUGCCUACAACAUGCAGGGGUCAUUGUGCAUGUGCACCCAUUGAUAAAGCAUGUAGUCUAGACCAGUAUUGCGCUGAUGUCACUCACAGUAAUCCCAACACUGAGAUAGAAGUUCUGGAUGUAUUAGAACUGAUGUAUGAUGAUAUCAAUGGGGUGACUGACAUUAAUGACACCGCUACUCAGUAUAUGGCUGCUGCAGUAUGGCGAGUGACUGAUCAGAAAGGACUGGACAUUAAGUGGUUUGAAUGGAGCAUCGGUGAUGACUCCUCAUCAAAACCUAUUGGAAUCUUUGAUCCAGUUCGGGAUAGGAUAUGGUAUGAUAUUGGACAAGACAACCGAACUAUCAUCACGCUGGAUGCAGAUCACAAGAUGCAGAAGGGAGUCAAGUAUCAUGUGUUCAUCAGGACCUGGUAUAAUUCUACUACAUACGCAGUGUUCAGAUCAGAUGGCAUCACCCUGGAUAUCACACCACCAAAAAUAUCAACAGUCAGAGGUGCAAAGAUAAAAGAUCUUGACAGAUCUGAUGCUAGGAAAGACACUGAUUAUUUGACGGAUCCUAACGUCCUCUUUAUCUCCUGGGAGAGAGUGUUUUUAGACGAAGCAAUGUGCCACUUCCAGGUGUCUCUGAGUACCUACCCGGGAGGUGAAGAUAUUCGUCAGUUUGCUGACCACACCUUCCCGGCCAGUGUGUCCUCCACACAGUUCACCAAUCUGAAUCUAAAGAGUGGACUGCGAUACUACAGCAACGUACGAGCAUUCAACAAAGCUGGUCUGCACACGCUCAAAAGCAGUGAUGGCUUUGUGGUUGACACAAGGAGGCCAGAUGCAGGCCUUGUGUUUGAUGGAACGGAUCUUCAUGACGUUGAAUACCAGAACACCAGCACAGCUAUCUCAACCUCGUGCCAUGGCUUUGUGGAUCUGGAAUCCUACAUAGACCAUUAUCAGUGGUGCGUUGGACAGACCCCUAGCCCUGAUGAUGAUGACAUUCUGCCCUGUACCAAUGUUGGAAUGCACCUGUCUGCCUCCAAAACUCUAGCUGUGCCUUUAAUAGAUGGCAUCCGAUAUUACUCCAAGAUUUCAGCCAUCGACGCAGCUGGCUUGCAGUCUGCAUCUGUCUCUUCAGACGGGUUUGUGGUGGACACUACACCCCCUGAGCCACUGGAACAGAUAAAUGUUGGGGAUAACUUGAUCCAGAAUCCAUCAUUUGAACAGAUGCAGGAACCAAACAUAACAGACAUGGAAUCUGAAUAUAUAAAUGAAGCCACAGUUACGUCUGAUCCCACUUCUGCCACCAAUUUGCCAGCUGUAGAAAUGUCAUCCACAACCAUUUUGCGUGUUACCAAUAAUAAACAAGGUGAGGUACUAGUUCAGUGGGAUGUUGGAUCUGAUAGCCAAUAUGCCGUGGUCACUUCAGGGAAGAAGAUUGCUCAAGAUGGUCACUCCUUCUUGUCUCUUCAUGGCUCCAUCUCCCAAACCUUCAACACAACACAGGGAAGCCACUUCCAAGCUGUGUUCUUUGCGAGUCACCCGGUGCCAUCCCACAAUCCUUUGCUGAAUCAGGAGGGUCGCAUCGAAGCUCCGGGAUUGGAUCGCAUCUUCAGGUUGUAUGACCGGCCGGCACACAGUCACUCAGACCAGAGUCUGAGGUCCAUACGAUGGCAUCAGCACAAAUUUUACUUCACAGCCAGUGGAGACGUAUCAACACUGAAAAUCUCCUCUGUUGGACAAUCGAAUGGGAUCCUUUUGGAUAAUGUGCAGGUUAGGCAGAUAACCACUGGACUGAGUACCGGUGAAGGGUCUGUAGAGGUACAUACCCAGUUUAUUCACAACUGGUCAUCCAUCCAGGCCAAGUGGCAUUUCAUUGACCCUGAGAGUCCCAUAGUCGACUACACCUGGGCCAUAGGUACAACAAAAGGCGGCACCCAGUUACAAAGCUUCUCAUCAGUGGGUACACAGACAGACGCUAUCAACACUGACGUCAUGAUAACACAUGAUUCCCAUGUCUACAUUACAGUGAUGGCAAGAAAUGCAGCUGAUCUCAUCACCAUAGCAACCUCUGACCCCAUUCUGGUUGACCUAACGCCACCCAUGAUUCACUUUGUCAAAGAUGGUGGGGAUGAGCACGAUAUUGACUUCAUAGCUGAUGAUUCUUCUCUGACAUUCAGUUGGUCAGCGUCUGACCCUGAGAGUGGAAUUGAAUAUUGUGAGUGGGCAAUUGGAUCAGAGCCUGGACUUGAUGACAUCCUACCCAGCUCACCAUCUCCUAAUGCCACUUCCAGCAUCACCACCAGUCUGUCCCAGGCCAUGGUUGAGGGUCAGCGCCUGUACGUAACCAUCACAUGCUACAAUGGUGCUGAGAAGUCCUCAUGGAAAUCAUCAGAUGGCGUUACCAUAGUUACAGUGCCUCCUAACUCAUCAGCAGCAGUCGUCAAACUGAAGACCAUGUCAGAGACUCAAUAUGACACACGCGAUAGGUACCAGUCACAGAGAGACUCUGUCAAAGCAUCCUGGGAUGGAUUCAUGGACCCAUUUGGAAUUCAGUCCUAUGAGUGCCAUCUGAGUGGACCCAACGCCUUCACCUCCUGGACACCUUGUGGAUCCACAUCACAGACCCACCUUGAUUGGUCAGGUCUUACCCUGGAUGAUGAUGCGACCUAUAGCCUGUCAGUCAGAGCCGUCAAUCAUGCUGGUCUGAUCAGCCAAGCUGUCACUGGCAACAUCACUAUAGAAUCUUCCAUACCUACACGGGGAGGGCUAAGCCUGCUGAGAUACUCCUGGCUAGGUGAUGGAAGAGUUGAUCUUACCUGGGAUGGUUUGUUCUCUGCCUCUCCUUCCUCCUCCUUGGUCUAUGAGGUAUGUCUGGGUACCAUCCCAGGAGGUAGUGAUAUCAUGCAGUGGGUGGAGACCAUGGAGACUGCUAUGCGUGUCUCGCCACUGGCUCCCUACACCGAUUACCACUUGACAUUGACGGCCAUCAACGCCGCCGGCUUGUCACAGACAGUCAAUAAGAUCCUCAGGUUGUAGAGAAUUCUCAGCAGAACAGGUUCGAGACUAAACAAAUGUAUUUAUGUAGUUUAUAUCUUUACUCAGAAAGCAUUGACAUAAUUAUACACAGAUAUGUUAGCUGUUGGAGAAGUUGUUUAAGAAACUCCUAAGUGACUUACAUGAAAAAUAAAAAUUAAUUCAUCAUGUGUGUAACUUAGACUGCAAUUCGGCCCUUUGGCCGUGAAGUUUAAUCAAAAUAAUUCUUGUUAAUACAAAAUAAUAAUUAUUAUAAUAACAAUUCUUAAGAAGCGACACUCCCGUAGACUUGCGCGCAAACCUACACUGUUGCCUAAUACGAGUUUACCUAAUCAUUUCCCCACGAAAUUCGGUAUUUAGGCUAAUCGGACAACGAGGAAUCGAUCCAGAUGGGUCGCGACAUUAAAAUUCCUUGGUCCUAAGGGUCGUUUCAACAAUAGGGCGACACCAAACUGUCGCCCCAUUAAGGUGUGUCGCCCUAAUCUAGACGACACUUGAGAAAUUGUCACCCUAUUGCCUCAAUUCUAAAUGUAACAUCAAUAAUUAUGAUAAUAAUAAAUACUGUAGUCCGCUGCCUGAUAAAGCUAUGUUUACUAGAAAUAAUAAUCAUAAUAUUUUACUUCUAUUAGCGUCUGAAUUGAAAAUUUUGCAGUCAUUUUGAGCAGUCCUGAUGAUUCAAGAGUUUUUUUUAUGAAUUGUUCAAGCUACCAUUGUACUUAAACUUAAGAAUAAACUAACUUGUAUGGGAUGCCUGACUUACAUGGGUCUUGUGGCAUGCUGCUAUCUUUCUUUGAUGUUUCAUGCUUGGUUUUACCGCAAUACGACCCAAGUCAAGCUGACAGAAAAGUCACAAUUAAAUAUGUGAACAAAAACGAGUUGGAUUGAUGUUUGCAAAUAUUGGCAGAAGGGUUGCCAUUGAAAAAGAAGGAAAACGUGGAAUCAGUUUCGGUAACAAAUGCCAAAGUCACUAUGAUAAAUAAAACAUUGGUAAACGAGGAUUUAUUUGAAAAAAGAAAAGAAACCACAGACCCUUUAUGCAAGCUCUCUUUUGCUCUCUGUCACUUGAACUAAACAAGGUCAACAGUGUUUGACCGUGUUUUGUUUGACAACGUACAAAAACACUGUAUAGUUGGUUUCUUAUGAUCCCCGAUUCCUUCCAUAGGAAGUUGAGGCUAAAUAUACUCAAGUCUCUGCAAGAUGUACAUUGUAGUUUAUUUGACAUUUUCAAGGAAUCUCCAUUUCACACUUUUGACAAUGGAAACUUUACAUAGUCAACAAUUUGCAUGUAGUUGAUAUUUAUCAAAAUUGUUUACAGUUCUGAGCACACCCAUACGUGUUAACUUUGUAUUGUUAAGCUAAUGAUUAAUUCAUGGUUACUUAGGUUCUACAACAUGUAGUUUGUUCACAGAAUUCCUCAAUGUGUUGGGUAUUGUGAUGGUUUGCCUGCAUAUAUUGCUCUCAAAAGUAAAACAGAACAGACAGUACUGCAGAUUUGUUUUUGUGUGUGUGUCGUAUGAUGUGUUUACAAUGUAAAUAAAACAAAUUAAGAAAAAUCAUAUGAUGCAGAUGUGCACAUCAUUCUCACGCAAAAGAUUGCUACCAAACCUUGGUACCAAACAAUCAUUGUACAUGUAAUGUCAACAUCAUUCAGAAGAACACCAGGCUUUCCCAUUGCAACAUUUCAAAUGUCUGGUGAAAUUUCAGUGAGCGAUAGGAAAUGAAAUUACAGACACAAUUGUAUCACUUGGUUGCAAAUUUUCAUUGGCUCUCCUGUACUCUGACCUGUCUAUUUAGUUCAGUGCAUUUUGGGGGAAAUACAACUGGGAAAUAUAUGUUUGAGACCACAUCAAUCUUUUUGAAAAGCAUUGAUUUGGAAUCUUUCGGAUCACCUUGGAACUGACUUGAUCUGCUGUAUUAAUUUAAAAGGACUUGCGGUU